AAAAAAGGACACGUCAGCUUUCUUCUUCCCCCAAUCCCCACAAUCCACUAAUUUCGCUUUUGCUAUAUAAAUUCCCCCAUUAUUCUCACAAAGAACAAAAUUAAUUACAAUUUCCCAAAACUCCAAUCUUUGAACUUUCAACAUUCUCCCUCACACACAUCCACAUGUCUAUCUCCAAUUCAAGGAGGCUCCUCCUUCCCUCCGCCACAGCGGCCGCCAGUCCGCCGGAGCUAGCGCAGCCCCGUCCUGGGUUCGGGAGCUUCGAUAUGAACGUUGUGAUGGUCCUUUCAGUUCUCCUCUGCGCUUUAAUUUGCUCUCUGGGUCUCAACGCCAUCCUAAAAUGCGCGUUGCGGUGCUCCACUUUGCUAGCCACCGUGUCAGGUGGGCGUGGUGGUGGGGCCUUAGUGGUACACCCGAAAGGUGUUCGACGAAAUAUUUUAAAGAAAUUCCCAACAGUGGAGUACUCAAAAGAAGGGAAUAAAUUGAGGGGAAUCGAUGGGGAGUGUGUAAUUUGUUUGUUGGAGUUCGAAGCAGGGGAUCGGGUUCGUGUAUUGCCUAAGUGUUACCAUGGAUUCCAUGUUCAUUGCAUCGAUAAGUGGCUGAGUUCCCACACUUCUUGUCCCAAGUGCCGUAAUUGCCUCACUGAUACUUGCCCUAAGAUCACCGCCGGCUGCGGCCAGGAGGCGCCCAUAACAACGGCGGCGUUGGCGGAGAGCUCAUCCUCUGUUGACCCACCGGCGGCGGAGGAGGUGGGUGUGAAUGUUGUUAUUGCUCCGGUGGAAAGGGAGGGUUUGAUAAGUAACUAUAGGGAAAGUAUUAGUAGAUGAGAUUGAAGUGGAAGUGGGGCUGUGGGGCUGUGGGGCUGUGGGGUUGGGCUGUUUUUUGUGAUUGAUGGAGCAUUUUGGCUGCUUUUUGCUUUUGCUUACAAGUAAGCAACUUUUUUUUCUUUUUUAAUUAAUUAGGAUUACAAGUAAAGCUUACUUAAGCUAAGAUUUAGUGUACUUAUUCAAAUGUAAAUAUCUUUCCUCUCCA